UCCGAAUGGGACGCUGCGAUAAACUUUUGUCCCCAAUAAUUUGAGCAGGAACAGGAACCAACCGAGGUCUGCUGCUGCGACCACUACCCAUCAGGCAGACAAUCACAUUGUUGUCUUCCGGAUCAAUCCUGGAUCUGUGAUGUUCUCUCAGCAACAGGCAGAUUGGGUAGGACGGAAACGCCGCCCUGAUCGACGCAGCAAAGAGCAUUCCAAUGUUUCCUCCGCCGAGGACAUGGAGUGGUUCCAUGAAAGGAACCACCUGCUGGUGAGUGCUGCUCAUACAACGGAGGGCCCCAGUAGAAAGUCGUAAUAGGAGAGAUGAAGCCACUGUCAUGGUCGAGGAUAGUCGACCUCCCAGCAGUAAUCGAGUGUUCUAUGGUGCCAUGGUCGAUCUUUGGCUGCUUGUUUUGGCUCGUUGGAUCAUUUUUUUGUCCGUUGGGUUGGAUGACGUCAUUCCGGAAGCACCACACUUUCCCGUCAGUGACCCAAUUGAAUUCCCACCUUCCACGACGGACAUGAACGUGGAAGGCAUGUGCAUGAACAUGUGCGUACAACCACCGUACCGGUACGGGUAAUUAUUUCCCAGGACCUCUGUGCAGGCACGGACUGACUUCGAUGGUGGUUUCUCAAUGACAGUUGGAAGACCAAUGCCAUCCAUCAUCAUGCAUCUCACAAGCGCAGUGGGUGGGUAAACAUGGUGGUAACGAAGUGGGUUCGUGUCCGUUAAUGUUCUAGAAGCUUCGAAUUUCCGAUCUUGUGAGAGGCACAAAGACCAGCGGCACUACUUUGGAGCAAAGAACAAGGACAAGAAUUGGUUGGCCGACAGGUUGGACAAUAUUCAAGAUGAGAUUCAUGGCGACGAUGUGCUCAAUACAGAUUGCAACUCCAGUGGACGUGUGGAAUGAGUUUUUGGCGUCCAAUGAUUUCAAGAUGGCGAAACAGCUCUACAAGGCAUCUUGCAAUCUCGAGAACCAGUCAAGAAGGAAGCAAAAGCUCCCAACCAAGCGACGAUUCCCACUGCUACCUGACAAUAAGACUUGCUGGCACAAGGCCCUUGCAAGAGCCUGUGAAUUGUGGACGAUGCUUCGAGAAUGCAAAAGGUCGAAACCUCACCAGCCAGAGUAUACUAGCGCCUACAAAACCAAUCAAGGAGACUUGGUCAUGCUUGCAUCCAACUUUGUGGAUGAGUUGAAGGAAAACAUGUGGUCAACACUCUCCUUCCUCAUGAAGGGCACCUAUUAUGUUGACAAUGACAUUCCAUUGUCACGGCUCUUGACAGAAGAACCAAACAAGUUUUUGCUGCAUGCGGCAAUUGCAUCCACGUCAUCCUGUAAGGCAUACUCCAGCUACAGAUUCCAAGAGCCAGUGUUCCUUCGGGUACUGAAGCUUCACCGUGACCAGCUCACAGUGGCAGGCCCCGUUGGCAAUCACCUUCCAAUCCACAUUGCUGCCAGCAACCCAGGAAGAUUGCUCCAAGAUACCAUUACUUUCUCGGAUGGAUACACUCUCUUGGUAUGCAAGACUAUUGAUGGAACUAUGCUAGAGACCAUUGUGAAUGCCAGUCCAUUCUCGGCAGUGGCCACUCGAGAUGCCAGUGGCAUGUUGCCCUUGCAGUUGGCUUGUCAGAAUGGUCACUCUUGGAUGUAUGGAUUGGAAAAGCUGGCUCAGGCGGCUUCCAAAGCGGUAGGAAGCGCCUGUCUCUUGUUGGCUGUUACCACCAGUGUCGCUGGUCGCAAGAGCUUUGAACUAGAAUGCACUUGGUGGCACAAGAUGACGGGUGCAGAAAAGGAUGGAAAGCGCGUGGACCGGAUUAUGAGGCAGAGCUAUGUUGCGUCGGAGGACCGCUGUUACUACGAGAGUCGAAAGGGACAAGUGGAUUCUUUGGAUUCCCUGUACUGUUUGAUUCGUUCCAAUCCUGCUGCAUUCCUCACUGCUAUUCGAUCAUGACCCUUUUGUUGCGUAGUAGUAAUGUUAUUGUAGUAGAUAACUCCAGUUUUGUUUGAUUCCCCAUUGCUUCAUUCAUUCUUCACUCCCCACCAACCGUUUGU